GUGCUUUCCAGCCGCGAGCUGUCAGGCCGAGUGUCAGGCCCGGCAGGUACGCGCCGCGCUCCCCCGGCGCCCCCCGCCCCCUGCCGGGACGCCCGGGACCGAGCCAGGGGCCGCGUGGACGGAAAAUCCGCUCGGAAAAGCUUGCCCAAGGUCCAGCCUAGCCCCUAGACACCAUGUCAGACAGUGACCUGGGUGAGGAUGAAGGCCUCCUCUCCCUCGCAGGCAAGAGGAAGCGCCGAGGCAACCUGCCCAAAGAAUCGGUGAAGAUCCUCCGGGACUGGCUGUACUUGCACCGCUACAACGCAUACCCCUCGGAACAGGAGAAGCUGAGCCUUUCCGGGCAGACCAACCUGUCAGUGCUGCAGAUAUGUAACUGGUUCAUCAACGCCCGGCGGCGCCUUCUCCCAGACAUGCUUCGGAAGGAUGGCAAAGACCCCAAUCAGUUCACCAUCUCUCGCCGCGGGGGUAAGGCCUCAGAUGUGGCCCUCCCCCGAGGCAGCAGCCCCUCGGUGCUGGCUGUGUCCGUACCAGCCCCCACCAGUGUGCUGUCUUUGUCCGUGUGCUCCAUGCCACUCCACUCAGGCCAGGGGGAAAAGCCAGCGGCCCCCCUCCCACAAGGGGAGCCGGAGCCUCCAAAGCCCUUGGUGACCCCUGGCAACACACUCACCCUCCUGACCAGAGCUGAAGCUGGAAGCCCCACAGGUGGACUCUUCAACACGCCACCGCCCACACCCCCAGAGCAGGACAAGGAAGACUUCAGUAGCUUCCAGCUGCUGGUGGAGGUGGCGCUACAGAGGGCUGCUGAGAUGGAGCUUCAGAAGCAGCAGGACCCAUCGCCCCCCUUACUGCACACUCCUAUCCCCUUAGUCUCCGAAAACCCCAAGUAGGCAUCUGCCAAGAAGGGUGCUCGAGGCUCGAGCCAGCUGUCUGGGGUCUCCAUUUUGGUUCCCUUUCAUACAGAGGGCUUUCUUUGGAUCACUGCCAAACAUCGGGGUCAUCUCCUCUGUCCAGAGGUCUUCAGCAGGAAGAUGCCAGCUGGUGUCACUGCACUGUGACGGGGACCUCUCUGCUAACUGCCGUUUCUCCAGGCCUCCUCAGUGAUGAGAUUGAGAUCGGAGAUAGGCAUGGUGCUGCUGCUGCUUCUCCAGAGGAUUCCCAGGACACCUUUGUUCCAGCCUGCUUUCCUAGGCUGGGCACAGGAAACCUGCCACAUUCAAACCUAUGCCCCACAGCUGGGCCUCUUCGUUAAGCCAAGCGUGGACAGUCCAAGUUCGUAAGUGUGAACAAAAGACAAGAGGAACCCAGCAGAUGUAACAGAACUGACUCCAGUUGAAUGUUUAGGUUUUCACUAAACUGUUUAUUUUUCCCUUUUUGCUGGGGUUUGCAUUAAUGGGAGUAGUUAGGUGUGGGGAGUGAGAGUGUGUUGCGUGAGGGAAUCUGAUGAACUGGGAAUUCUGCACCACUGCAACUGGUGAGUGUUUUACAAGGAAGGAGUAUUUUUAUUUUGGGGACCAGCUAAAUCUCUACAAAAUUCCAAAUGGUUGUUUUAUUGUUGGUUUGAUUUACAAAAAAAAAAAACAAAAAACUUUUUGAGCUUUGGCUUUUCUGCAUCAGGCACAGAAGGGAACAAAGCCUUCUUAAGAAUAGAGAGGGUCCAACACAGAAUCUGACCAAACCUUCUAAGCGCAGAGCAGAGAAGGAUAAAACCAGAGAGGUGGUUUUUGGUUUGGUUUGUUCGUUUUUUUUUGUUUUGUUUUUUU